UCUGAAAUGUUGAUAAUGCAUUUGGCUCAAAGUACGUGUGUGUGUGUGUGUGUGUGUGUGUGUAGUUUUGGCUCUAACCUGAGGGAGUUCCUGGUGCUGGAGUACGCCUCUGGACUCUUCUCUCAUCACAGUCUGUGGCAGCUAGCGGUGGAUUAUUUCGAUCACUGCCCCGAGUUCGGCCGUGUUUAUCUGGAGCUGCAGAUGGAGAGAGUGCCGCUGGAGACGGAGCGCAAAGCGCUGAAGGUGCUCAGGAUCUGUGAACAGAGACAGAUGAACGAGCAAGUGCGCAGUAUCUGUAAGAUCAUGGCUAAAAGGGCUCUCAGUAAUAACAGACUGGGUUCUGCUCUCUCCUGGAGUAUCAGAGCUAAAGACGCAGCCUUCGCCACACUCAUCUCUGAGAGGUUUCUGCAGGAUUACUGCACACGCGGCUCGUUCUCUGAUCUGGAUCUGAUCGAUAACCUCGGACCUGCCAUGCUCCUCAGCGACAGACUCACAUUCCUCGGGAAGUACCGUGAGUUCCACCGGCUGUACGGAGAGAAGAAGUUCACAGAGGCAGCGAAGCUCCUGCUCUCCCUCAUGACAGCAAAGAUCGCUCCUCGCAGCUUCUGGAUGACUCUGCUCAUAGACGCCCUGCCCUUACUGGAGCAAAAAGAGGUGAUCUUUUCAGUGGAUCAGACCCAUGAACUCAUGUUCUGUCUGGAAGAGCUGACCUCUGACAACAGCAAGCUCGAACCAGAGCGUCUAGCACAGGAUGAUGAUGUCGAGUCCACAAAGCUGGAGCUGCUGCGAUUGGCUCUGGCGCGUAACCUGGCGAUGGCCAUCGUGAAGGAGGGAACAGUCGAGGCCUAAACACACACACACUCUCACACACUCCAGGUUCAUUAAUUCACACAAAGCCCUCACGUUAUCUCACUGCACUGUAUAUAAAACUAAAUGAAUGAAAUGUUUUGACAGUUUAAUUAAAAAAAAGCUUUUGUUACUGGUUUUGCAAAAACUGUCUCGUUUCUCCAGAUCCUUCACUGUGUGUGUAACAGAUAAUAUAUAUUUUGUUGUUAGACACAUUUAUUUUGAAUAACUGUUGAGAAAUGAGUUUUAUUGCUACAAAAUUCAUGGUAAAUACAUAAACUAA